UUUUGAUAUGCCUAUUUUGUUUGCCCCUGAUAUUUGAUCUAUUUUUAAUCAGCCAUCAUAAAAAGGCACAAAUAAAUAAAAACUCCCGUCAAUGAUUCACCGAGCCUACGUCAGAGCUGUAAUAUUUAUUGAGAGAGUGCAUUUAAUGUAUUCAAUAUUCAGGGAACCCUUUUGUUUAGCUAGGGUGAAAGCUAAGGAGGGAUACGCACCAGUAGCCACGCCCUUGUACCACCCCGUCCACUCCUGUGGUAAUCCGUACCACCGCCAGCUCCGCUAACUGUACCGGUGUCAUACAAACUUAAUUAUUUCUGUAUACACGUAUACAGUAGCGCUUCAUUUCAGCUCGCACGCGCACCGGACUAGACUUUACAAACUUUCACCGUGCUAAUUACAAGCGUCUCAAAGCAGAAAACGGAUUCACAGUUCUAAAAUGUCAGGGAUGAGCUUGCAACCGUCAUUUUAAUGAUAAAUAGAUCACCUUUUUUUUGUUUGAGGAGCUAGAGUGGAUACAGUAUUGACAGGGGCCAGGGGAGGAGAUCACAUAUCACACCCAGGCAUUGAUCGGUCAAGUUGUGAAACUAUUCGGCAGUGGAUCCGUGGAACGCCCAUUAUUACCCGAGCCGAUACCACUAACAUUUCAAUGCUUUAACUAUUGUGUGUGGGGAGAAUCGCAUUGGUACUUCUCUAUUAUUAACGUUAAUAAUAUUAUAAGUAGAAGUCACACUCGAUUCAUACUUUUAAGAAGUAUUUUGGAGGACAUUUACAUAGUUUUGCACAAUUGUUUACAGCUGAAGACUGGGAAGUUGGGGCAGAAUACGUGUGUGAUUGCAUGGAAAGAGUGAUAGAGAUCGAAUAGGAAGGAUUUAUAGUUUUGUACCCAGUGCAGUGAACCAGUACCACUGUACUGUUUAGUUGAGUCUGUGAAAGGUGUCUUUGGAAAGUAGACAUGACGCCUUCCCGUACUCUGAGGAUAUUCCUGGUGUCUGUGACAGUUUCUUUGAUGUUCAUCAGCAUAAAUGGCAUGGACUGUGUGAACAACUCGGAUUGCGAGAAUGAAGGAACAUGCGAUGCAAACGGGAAAUGUGAUUGUACUACAAGCUACACUGGACCUAACUGUGGAUCUCCAACCUCUUGUGUAUUCAAUGAAUGUGUGAAUGGUGCUACAUGUGUGCCUAGUGGUAUGGAAUAUACAUGUACCUGCCGACCAGCUCACAAGGGAAUCUUCUGUGAAUUUCUGCUAAACUACACCUCAUGCGAUCUAGACCCAUGCCAAAAUGGGGUAUGCGUGGAUGACUUAGAUGGCAAUGUAUAUUGUGAUUGUACACCCUUCACCGAAGGAGCAUUCUGCGAAAGAACCCCAAACUGUGAUAAUAAAAAUCCAUGUAGAAAUGGGGGAACAUGUAUGAAUGGAGCAACAGUAGAUGAUCCUUCUUCAUGUGUGUGUGGUUCAGCUUGGAGAGGAGAUAUCUGUCAGCUUCCAACGACAUGUGAUUCUAGCCCCUGUCAAAAUGGUGGGACCUGUAUCCCUUCUGAGGGCUCUGUGACCUGUGAUUGUGCAGCGAUGUGGGAAGGACCUACAUGUGAAGCUAACUCCUCCUGCUUUGAAUGUGCAUCUGAAUAUGAUUGUGUUAUCGAUGAAUGGGUUUGCGAUGGAGACAAAGAUUGUAAUAACGGAGAAGAUGAAUUAUACUGCACAACUAACUAUAACUCCUCCUGCUUUGAAUGUGCAUCUGAAUAUGAAUGUGUUAAUGAUCCAAGCUGGGUUUGCGAUGGAGACAAUGAUUGUAAUAACGGAGAAGAUGAAUUAUACUGCACAACGCCCAUAACAACCUGUAGCACUGGUGGCUGUUUCAAUGGAGGUACCUGUGCUAAUGGGAUAUGUCAAUGCACUGAAUUCUACACUGGAGAGUUCUGUGAAGAUGAUAUUAAUAACAUGUGUGGAUCCGAUUUCUGUCUCAACGGUGGGAUUUGUAUAGAGGGAACUACUGCGUACUGCAAUUGUCGUGAAGGUUUCUCUGGCGAUUUCUGUGAGAUUGAUAUUAAUAACAUGUGUGGAUCGGAUGUCUGUCUCAAUGGUGGGAUUUGUAUAGAGGGAACUACUGCGUACUGCAAUUGUCGUGAAGGUUUCUCUGGGCAGUUCUGUGAGAUUGAUAUUAGAAUGUGUAGUUCAGGUGUUUGUCUGAAUGAUGGGACCUGUAUAGAUUCAGGAACUACUGCGUACUGCUUGUGUUCUCAAGAUUUCACUGGUGAAUUCUGUGAAACUGAAUCUGCAUGUUUUGAUAGACCCUGCAGGAAUGGAGGAAGUUGCGUUUCCAUACCUUCUUCUUCCACCUCUGCCCCUACUUCUACUCCUGGUUCAUAUUACUGUGAAUGUCCCAGCGGCUACAGUGGUGAAAAUUGUACUAUGAUAACGCCCUGUAUUCCGAGUCCAUGUUUGAACAGUGGGGUAUGUACACCACAGAAUGGGAUGCCUUCAUAUACAUGUGAUUGUGCAAGUGGUUUCACAGGACGUGAAUGUGAGAAUACGCAGAACCCUCCGAUGAAUAAUGCUCUAUCACAAACAACCAUUGGAAUCAUCGCCGGGUCGGUAGCAGCGGUGGUCAUCGUGGUCAUCAUCAUCAUCGCUAUCGCAUGCUGCUGUUGUCGUAAGAAGCGAGACGAUGACAAGGAUGGCCUCACAGGUCUGGAAAUGGGAGCUAAUCAACGAGGGAGACAUCAUGAUUACGUUCCAUCGCCAACCAAGACUCUCAUGCCUGCCAUUCCCAAUCUAAGGAUCUCCACGAUGAGGGACGCGACCAAGAUGGAGUUUCCUCGUAAUCGAUUGACGCUCUUUAACAAGCUUGGAAGCGGAUCGUUUGCCGAUGUCUACAAGGCGGAGGCCGUGGGGAUUAUAACCAAGGAGGAGAAGACUAUAGUAGCUGUGAAAAGAUUAAAAGAAACUGCAACCGAGAAUGAUAAGAGUGAUCUGUCUAAGGAGUUAAGCCUCUACAUGUAUCUUGAUCCCCAUCCUAACAUUGUCAAUAUCCUUGGAUGCUGUACAGAUUCUGGUAAGAUUCAUUGCAUUUGUUUCGUCAGAGUAGAGUUGUUGUGGUCAAGCAUGAAUAUACUACCUUUGUGUCUUGUUUCUGUAGAUCCCUGGUACAUCAUCAUGGAAUACCUACCUAAUAAUAACCUGCAGGGCUACUUGAGACAGAUCAGGACCGGAGAAUCUAUGACUGCUGAUUAUAGGAAUGUCAAGAAACAGAAAGACAUACCACCCAAUGAUCUUCUUACCUUUGGUGUUCAGAUUGCCAGGGGAAUGGAGUACCUGGCCUCCAGACAAUGUAUCCAUCGUGAUCUAGCUGCUCGUAACAUUCUGCUUGGCGAGGGUUAUGUGUGUAAGGUGUCAGACUUUGGUUUGGCACGAGACCUGGAGGACGGACAGACGUACGAGAUGAAAUCACAGGGUCGUGUUCCUGUCCGCUGGAUGUCCCCUGAGUCAUUGCUUCAUAACACAUACACCUCACAGAGCGAUGUUUGGUCAUUCGCUAUUCUUAUAUGGGAGAUUGUCACAUUAGGAUCGCAUCCCUACCCCGGUAUGUCCUCCAAACAGGUCGUCAAGGAGAUCUCAGCUGGAUACAGGUUACCCAAACCAGAGCACUGCAGUCAAGACAUAUAUAAUCUGAUGAAGGAAUGUUGGGCGUAUGAAGCUGAAGAAAGACCGACCUUCAGCCAGGUCAAGGUCAGACUAGAGAACAUGUUGGCUGAUGCUCAGGGUUAUCUGGUCAUGUCAGAUUUCAACGAUGAUAACUAUCUGUACCUGGAACCAGAUGCGCACACAGGAGAUGAAUUAGACAACGAAGGUUUCUCCCACUUGGAAUGAAUGCAUACACCCCUAUAUCUGAAAUAUGAUAGUCCAGAAGGUAGUGGAAUGAUAACUAUUUGGAACAUUCCAAAGUUGGAAAAUAGGGUAGCCUACCUAAUUAUUCAAGAUGAUAACAUUAUUUUUAUAUGCUUUUUAUGUGCUUAGGUGUAAACUUUGUGUUAUUUAUAUAGUAGGCAUAAGAAGUGCACAUGUACAGUUAGCAACUUAAAAGGGCAGAAACUCAACUUUCUAGAAAUGUGAAUUUUUCUUCGAAAUUCAGAUACCGCCCGCCAAAUGGCUUUUUGGUUUCCUUCCUUCAAAUUGCU